AGACUUACCCACCAAAAAAUCUCUUGCUUUUCUAUUUUCCUUCUUUAAACAGUUAAAAGAAACAUGAUGGGCAUCCACUCACCAAAGGACUUCUCCUACAUCAUCAGUGUCUUUGCGGCACAUAAACUUCACCUAUUUAUACCUCUACUUUCACCUCCCUGUGAUCCCAUCCCCACCCAAAACCAUACCUUUUAGUACUACUCUCUCUCUCUCUGCCAAGUAUGGCUUCCAGUUCCACCACCAUUCUCUCAUUUCUCACUCCUUUCUUUCUUCUUUUCCUUUUGGGUUUUUCCAGCGCAGGCAGAGAGCCAUUUGCUUGUGACCCCAAAGAUGCAACGACAAAGAAUUUGCCUUUUUGUAAAGUGUCGUUGGCUAUUCCUGAUAGGGUGAAUGACCUUCUUGGAAAGCUGACACUGCAAGAGAAGGUUAAGCUGCUGGGUGAUAAUGCUGCAGCUGUUCCACGAUUGGGGAUCAAAGGCUAUGAAUGGUGGUCGGAGGCACUUCAUGGGGUCUCCAAUGUGGGACCCGGAACCAAAUUUGGUGGGGAAUUCCCUGGGGCCACUAGCUUCCCUCAAGUCAUCACCACCGCUGCUUCUUUCAAUGCGUCACUCUGGGAAGCAAUUGGACGGGUUGUGUCAGACGAGGCAAGGGCUAUGUACAAUGGGGGUGUGGCUGGGCUCACCUACUGGAGCCCAAAUGUCAACAUUUUCAGGGACCCAAGGUGGGGCAGGGGACAGGAAACUCCAGGUGAAGAUCCGGUGGUGGUGGGUAAAUAUGCCGCCAGCUAUGUGAGAGGACUGCAGGGAAAUGACGGUAACCGGUUGAAGGUGGCGGCUUGUUGUAAACACUUCACGGCUUACGAUCUAGACAACUGGAACGGAGUCGAUAGGUUCCAUUUUAACGCCAAGGUUAGCAAACAAGACAUUGAGGACACGUUCGAUGUGCCAUUCAGAAUGUGCGUCAAGGAAGGAAAGGUUGCGAGCGUUAUGUGCUCCUACAAUCAAGUCAACGGGGUCCCCACCUGUGCCGACCCUAAUCUCCUCAAGAAAACUGUACGCGGUCAAUGGCGUCUUGACGGGUACAUUGUCUCGGAUUGUGACUCGGUGGGGGUUUUCUACGAUAGCCAACACUAUACAUCGACACCAGAAGAAGCUGCUGCGGAUGCCAUUAAAGCUGGUUUGGAUUUGGACUGCGGACCAUUCCUGGCGAUCCAUUCAGAGGAAGCAGUGAAGAGAGGGUUAUUAAGCGAGUCUGAUGUUAACUCCGCAUUGCUUAAUACACUCACCGUCCAAAUGAGGCUUGGAAUGUUCGAUGGAGAGCCCUCCUCGCAGCCUUAUGGAAACUUAGGUCCAAGAGACGUUUGCACCCCCGCUCACCAGGAGCUCGCUUUUGAAGCUGCCAAACAGGGGAUUGUGCUUCUCAAGAAUCACGGCCCUUCACUGCCUUUAUCCACUCGCCGAUACCGUAGUGUCGCCGUCAUUGGGCCUAAUUCCAACGUUACCGUCACUAUGAUUGGGAAUUAUGCCGGUAUUGCCUGUGGAUAUACAACUCCCCUGCAAGGAAUAGCAAGAUAUGCAAGCACAAUUCACCAGCCGGGUUGUGCCGACGUUGCAUGCACCGGUGACCAAUUAUUCGGCGCAGCCAUUGACGCAGCCAGCAGAGCCGAUGCGACCGUCUUAUUCAUGGGCCUUGACCAGUCCAUUGAAGCUGAAACCAUCGACAGAGGUGGGCUUCUUCUUCCUGGACGCCAGCAAGAGCUUGUCUCCAAGGUAGCUGCGGCCUCCAAAGGCCCAACCGUCUUGGUUUUGAUGUCUGGUGGCCCCAUUGACGUGUCUUUCGCCAACAAUGACCCACGCGUUGCUGGCAUCUUGUGGGCCGGGUAUCCGGGACAAGCUGGAGGAGCAGCUAUCGCCGAUAUUGUGUUUGGAAUAAGCAAUCCAGGCGGAAAGCUGCCUGUAACAUGGUACCCGCAAGAAUAUGUUUCAAAUUUGGCAAUGACAGCCAUGGAUAUGAGAUCCAACCCAUCAAAUGGGUAUCCAGGAAGAACAUACCGAUUCUAUAAGGGCCCGGUUGUAUAUCCAUUUGGUCAUGGACUGACCUACACGAAAUUUGAACACUCCAUAGCAAGUGCACCCACUCUGGUCUCAGUACCACUGCAGGGUCACCACAAGUCACCAAACGCAACCGUUUGGGGCAAGGCAAUCAGGGUGACCCACGCAAACUGCAACAGGCUUUCCUUGGCUGUCCACGUGGAUGUGAAUAAUGCAGGGUCUAGAGAUGGGUCCCACACUCUGCUUGUUUUCUCCAACCCACCAGCUGGGCAUUGGGCCCCCCACAAACAGUUGGUGGCCUUUGAGAAGGUCCACGUGGCAGCAAGGGCAAGCCAGAGAGUCCGAAUUAACAUUCAUGUGUGCAAGUAUCUGAGCGUAGUGGACAGGUCCGGAAUUCGAAGAAUUCCGAUCGGUGAACACAAUCUUCAUAUUGGCAAUGCAAAGCAUUCUGUGUCCCUCCAAGCGACAACUUUGGGGGUGAUCAAGUCGUGAUUUUUUUGGUGAAAGGUUGAGUAUGCCCUCGUGCCACAGCCGCAAUGGCAUCUGUGUCCUGGUCUCUUCCAGUACACGUGCAUACUCCUCCAAAUAAACCAUAAGAUAGAUACGUUAAAACAGCAACAUCGGACAUAUUAGUAAGAUUAAAUAAGGGAAAGGGGAGAAAAAAAAAGAAAAAAAAUACAGAAUACGUUGAAGAAGUUAAAUAAAACAGUGAAGAUUGCGAGCUCAUAAAUUGCUGCGAAGGCAGAUAUAACAGGUUGUUGAUUUAAAGAAGAGGAAAGGAUACUAAGAUCUUUUCCCAUUUUCAGGUUUUUUUUUCAUCAUUAUUAUCAUCAUUGGUUUGUCUAUAAUUCAAUUUGAGAUUGAGAUAACAAAUUGAUUGAAGUAAUUUGUAUUAGUACAACUGAUUGAAGCAAUUUGUUUUAGUAUUUUGUAAUCUGGCGCUCCUUAUUAAUGAAGUCUAGAAGAGCUUGGUUUUAGAA